GGACGUGAACUUCACGCGCGUGUGCGGCUUUAAGCGGCGCGCUGUUUGACGCCCACGGUGCCGCAUUCACCGCUGGCUGCGUUCGUGUUUCGGGUUUUGCUAGCUUCACUCGCUACGCGUUGCCUUGCUGGAGAAACGUCACUGAAGUUGGUCGUUGAUUUGGCCCUGUCGACCUUUGGUGCCUGCUAGCUGUGCUCGCUGACAGCACACGCUAAAAGACGCCAGGAACUCGGGUCCAGCGAACCCCGCGGUGCCAGCUGGACGGCCGUGCUGGGCUCCGGAGCCAGCUGUCUGGAUCCCCGGUUCGGAGCGCCUGACUGCAACUCUUCAGGUCACGGCACAGCGAUCCGCGGCUGCGUAAGACUGGAGAAUCAGGAAAGGGAAUAGUAGUUCAUGGAAGACAAGAAAAAGAAGAAAGACGACAAAAAGAAAAGGGAAGCCUCUCAGAAGGUGCCAGAACAGAAAAUCAAAGUGCCAGAAUCAGCCAAGCCCUCCUGUUCCCAGCCACUCACCUCCCCAGGCUCAGUGUCUCCCAGCCCUGGCCCUGUUGUCCCUUCUUCCCCCAGUCCUAGUGCAGCUGGCGUUUCUGCACAAGUUUCGUCUGGUGGUGGGAACAAUGCAAAGCAGCGGACUGCUGUGGCCAACGGACAGCCCACCUCCUCUCUCUCUGGAAACCAGACCUCACAGCAGCAGCGAUACAUGUCCAGAGAGGUUCCACCGCGAUUUCGCUGCCAGCAGGACCAUAAAGUGCUACUGAAGAGGGGCCAGCCGCCAUUGUCCUCCAUGCUGGUGGGGGGAGGAGGUGGGGAAGGUGCUUCAGGAGGAGCCAGUGGUUGGGUAGCUUCCCCACCUCUUGUCUCACAGGGAGCUGAUAACCCCAAUGCAAACACAGCUGGAGGCACAGAUACCAACCUGGGUUCAUCCUCCCCUUCACCUCCCAACUCCUCCUCAUCCUCAUUGUGUGUUGCUGCUGUGUCUUCUUCUACUACUACUACUUCAACUUAUGCAAAUUCCACAUGGGGGGCAGGCUCUGGCAGCCAGUCCUCUUCUCAGGGCUGCGGGAAGGUGAUUUUGGAUGGGACUGACCUGGAUGAUUGGCCAAGCAUCUUAAGCGGGGCCAAAAUUGGUUCUGACGGGGCUGGAGGAGGAGUACAGGAACCAGACUGCCCCGGAAACAACAACAGUAGUGCCUCAUGGAGUGAGAGAAACAUCCAGCUGAAGGGAGGAGCAGCAGCAGUAGGAGGAGGAGGGAACAUGGACAAUCCUUCCCCACCUCUUUCUCCUCCUUCUCCCUCGUCUUCUUUGCUUAAUGAAUGUGUUCAGUCAAGUGGUGGUGUGUGGGGCUCUUCCACCUGCUCUCAGGGGGAUGCAGGACCAGGAUCAGCAGCAUUUUACAAUUCCAAAGUUCCCCGUCUUCUUCCUGGGCCACAGGAAUGCCCUGUGAGUGGCAGCAGCAAUGUACCUGGUGCCAAUUUUAACCCUAAUGUGAACCCCUCUGCCUGGCCUGCCCUAGUCCAGGGUGGGACAUCAACUUCGUCUAGCGAUGGCCUUCCACUGCACUCAUCCAUUACUUCAGCUUCCUCAUUGUCUGCCAGCACCACCCUCAUCACCACUCACACUCUUUCAUCUGUGAAUAAAACUGGUCUUCAUCAGCAGCACACUGAGACAUCUGUGGAAGCCAGGGGUGGAGAACAGCAGCAGCAGCAGCAGCAGCAGCAGCAGCAGCACUUAGAAAACCCAGGGCUGGAGCUGGGUUUGGGUGGAGGAACACGAAGAGCUAAACCAAGCCAACAAGCUGAAGAUGAGAGGGACUGUGGGGUUGCUAGUGCUGAGGAGGAAGACAGUGGCAAUCUUUCUGUCUCAUCGUCUUCCUCGUUAGCUGCCACUUCUUCACGAAGAUCCAUUCCUCCUGUCUUAUCUGAACCUAGUGUAGGUGCACAGCAGGCCGAUGGGUGGGGUGGUGGAGGGGCGGGAGCUCAGGGCCAGGAAGGGAAUGUGUGGGGCUUCAGCGGUCAAGGUGACAAGGGGGCAUGGGGCAGGGAUAAUGAUGGAGGCUCAAAUACCCCAGUGGUAUCUCAGGGAGCAUGGGAGGGAAGCAGGCCAGAAGCAGAGUGGGGUGGCACAGCAGAAGGUAUAAGUUCAAGUAACUUGGCAAUAGGAAGUGGACGAGGAGGCGACGGGAGCAGCAACAGCAGCAGCAGUAGUGGAGGCAGUGUUGGUAUUGGUGGAAAUGCUUUGCAAGACUCUGCCUCACCAAAGUUUGCAACUAUGACAAAAGCUUGGGACAAUCAGAAAGAAAUGGAAAGUGGGGAGGGGGAUGUGGCGGAGUGGGGUGGAGGAGCUGGGCUGGAUGGAGGCACUGGAGGUGGAGGACCUUCAUCAUCUAGCACAGGAGGUUCAAUAACUGGAAGUGGCGGGGCAGACAGUGGCAGCAGACAUAAGCAGGACCGAGCCUCUGUGCAACACUGCUCGCAGCAGUCCGCCACUGCUGAAGUGGCCUUACUUAGCAUGCUCAAUCGAUCUGACCUGGAUCCCAGAGUUCUCUCCAACACGGGCUGGGGGCAGACCCAGAUUCGACAGAAUGUGGCCUGGGACCUGGAAGCCACAACAGGAGUGGGAGGCAAAAAAGAAAGAAGCACUUCAUCUUCCUCUGCUUUUUCAUCAGCAACCCUGAAUGCUACCACCACUCGUGGUUCUGGGUACCAGUCUAACACCAGUUCAAUAAAUAACGAUCCAUCUGCUGGCAAUCACACAACCAGCCUGAGCUCUGGCUCCACUGCAGUGAGGGAUGGAUGGGAGGGUGGCGCUGCACAGCCCACCUGUGGUACUCACAUUCCUGGUAGCUCUGUAAGAAAGCUAGGCAAGUCAGAGGAAGAAAUGGAUGGCAACCUGGGCAAGGCUGGAGGCUGGGGUGAUCUCCCUCCAGAAAACCAGAACAAGGGAUGGGGGACUGAAGAACAACACUGGGGGGAUAACAGAGGAGCUGGACGGAACUGGGGAGAUACUGGAGAACAGGGUAGUGGUUGGCCAGCUGGUCCAGAAGAAAAAGGGUCCGGGGGAUGGAAGGGGACUGGAAGAGGUGAAGGAGGUGGUUGGGGAGGAAACUGGGGACAGAGGGAGUCAGGAUGGGGAGAUAAUCGAAGCAGAGGAGGAAGCCACUCAGAUGAGGGGUCGUCCUGGGGUAAUUUAGACGAAGGAGCAUCUCAGCGACGAGGAUGGAGAGGUGGAGAAAUGGAUGAAGGCAAAUCCCACCAGGACUGGGGGAGUGCCAAGUCCCACACAACAGCAGCACAGAUACCAAACAGCCAGUUGGCACCAAUAAAAACCCCAAAUCAACAGCAGCACCAAUCACAGGGCCAGCUUCCACCAGGAGCUCCCAUCCAAGGAGGGUGGAACAGCCGUUCCAAUGUUGGAGGUGGAGGCCCACCAUCCAAGAACCAGGACCAAAGUCCGGGCUGGACCACUGGCCCAAUCCCCCAAAUAUCUGGUGGUGGAGGAGACUCCCUGGAGCCCAGUGGCUGGGAGGAACCUUCGCCUCAGUCCAUCAGUCGCAAAAUGGAAAUCGACGACGGCACUUCAGCCUGGGGAGACCCAAACCGCUACAACAACAAGAAUGUGAACCUGUGGGACAAAAACAGUGCUGCUCCCAGCCAAAGCCUCAGUCAGCAGGCCCCAGCACCAUCCAUACAGCAGCAGCCACCGAGGAGGCAGCACAGCAGGGACACAAACCCCAGCAGCUCUGCAGUGGGUAUGUGGGGUGGAGGUUCACAAUCUGUAGAUAAUGGUACAGCUGCCUGGGGCCAAGGGUCAGAAGCAGCAACUGGUUGGGGAGAUCCAGAAGAAUCUGGCAAAUCUUCAAGCUGGGGGAACCCUUCUCCGAACCCCGGCAAACCUGGCAACAAGUCAAUGGACAACUGGGGCGGGAAGGGAGAGGGCUCUGUAGUCGCCUCCCGUCACCCCAGCUGGGAUGAGGAGGAGGAUAGUGGUGGAGGGGUGUGGAACAGUGCUGGAUCCCAGGGGAGUGGCUCAUCCUUCAACUCUGGAGGCUGGGGUCAGAGUCAUGGAGGAAAGAGAGGCACCAUCAAGGGUGGAGGAGGAGACAGCUGGAUGAACCCAGUGUCACGCCAGUUUUCCAACAUGGGUCUUCUGGGCGAUGACCCAAGUGUUGACAAGAAAAUGGAAGGAGACAAGAGAGGAAUGACUGACUAUAAUGGAGAGAUGCGGAGAGGAGGGAGAGGUGGGGGAGGGUACCGCAUGCCUAGUUCCAAAGACAUGGGUUCUGCUGAUAUAGGGCCCUAUGGUGAGAAGAUGGGCGGUCAUGGAGCGUUCGUUGGCAGUGGUGGAGGGAUGGCUCAGACUCGAGGGAUGCACCAGCCUGGCAUGCAUCCGAUGAACCCCUCCCAGGGUUUACGUGCUCAAGUGCCUCAUCAGUUUCUGUCUGCUCAGGUGCCGGGUCCUAUGCUGAAGCAGAUGCCGUCUCCUGGUGGCAGUGUGGGUGGAAUGGUCGGAGGAGUGGUCGGAGGAGUUGGAGGUGUCGGAGGGGUUGGUGGUGUUGGUGGAGGAGUGUUUCCUCCUCAGAUUUCCCCACAGCAGCUAGCAAUGCUCAGCAACAUUUACCCCCACAUGCAGCAGUUCCAUUUGGCUUGUCAGCUCCUGCUACAACAACAGCAGCAGCAGCAGCAGCAGCAACAACAGCAGCUUCUACACAACCAGAGGAAGUUCCCUCAGCCUCAGCCUCUCAGGCAGCAGACAGCAGACCCGCAGCAGCUGGCCAGGAUUAUGGCUAUUCUGCAGCAGCAGAGGCAGCAUCAACAGGGUGCACUUGGAGGAGCGGCAUCAGUAGGAGGGAGCUCCAAACUGUCCCCCUCUCACCUGGGAGGGGGCUUGUCCAAACAACCCAUGGUGGACCCCCUCUCACAUUCUGGAAUGGGGGCCCCUUUAUCAGAACUUCAUGCCAAAACACAAGGGAUGUACUCGGGUCUUGGCUCCGGUAGUAACCUAUCCGGGCUGGAGCUUGGUCCAAUGAUGGGAGGGAUAAAGGACACAGGUGGACAGCAGUCCCGCUUCAAAUGGAUGAUGGAGGGACACUCUCCAGCUCCCUCUCCCCCCGACUCUGCCCUUCACAAGAAUGGCCCUUUACCGAGUGGCCUAAAGGUGAGAGGAGGAUCCCCUUACUCCCAGUAUGAAAUGCUGAGCAGUGAAGGUUUAGGACUUCCCCCUCAAGGCCCCGCAGACAGCUGGCACCGAACACCUGGCAGUAAAAUGGGCAACAAACCUGCCGCGUCCAGCUGGCCUCCAGAAUUUCAGCCUGGUGUUCCAUGGAAGGGAAUUCAGAGCAGUGGGGACCCCGAGUCUGACCCCUACAUGACCCCUGGAAGUGUUCUUGGUUCUCCAGGAUCCCCAAGUCUCAAUGACUCUGAUCAUCAGUUGCUCCGAGACAACAUUGGGCCAAACCCUUCCCACAACACAUCGCUGCCUUCACCUGGUGCCUGGCCCUACAGUGCCUCAGACAGCUCCCUCAGCAAUGCACACAGCACAGGAAAGUACUCCGAGUACAAGCCCAGCUGGCCUCCAGAGCCCAUCGGACAAAACAAGCUGUGGAAGACCAAUCGUAACAGCUCACAGCUGCCACGCCCCCCUCCUGGCUUAACCAAUCAGAAACAGGCCUCGCCUUCCCCCUGGGGUGGAGGAGGACCACAUUUAGGCCGUAGCUGGGGUGGGGGUGGGAUGAACCAGGAGUCCAGAUUCAUGCCAGCUUGGAGUGAUGGUGCGGCCUCCAGAGGCAGCUGCUGGCUCCUGCUGACCAACCUGACUCCUCAGAUUGAUGGCUCCACACUGAGGACUAUCUGCAUGCAGCAUGGCCCCCUGUUGACCUUCCACCUCAGCCUGAACCAGGGCAGCGCAGUGAUUCGCUACAGCAGCCGUCAGGAAGCCGCCAAGGCACAGGGAGCCCUGCACAUGUGCGUUCUGGGCAAUACCACAAUCCUGGCAGAGUUCGUGAGUGAAGAAGUUGCUCGCUAUUUUGCUCAUUGCCAGACUGGAGGGGCCGACGGGGGCAGCGCAGGAGGAGCCGCCACCAGCGGGACGCAGGGUUCGUCUGGAGCAGGCACAGCUGUGGCCAGCAGUGGGGGAAGCUCUCCAGGAAGCGAGCGUGCAGGGGCGGGAACAGCUUCAAGUGGAAGUGGCAGUGGUGCUGGUGCAGGGGAGAGUGGAUCGGCAGUUCUGGGCAGGUCCUCCAGCUCUGGCUGGCAGGGGCUCGAUGGUACAGGCACUUCUUCAGAGACCUCUUCAGCCCAAGGAAGCGGGCUGGGGAUCUUCUCCCAGUGGAGCACCAAUGGGUCAGGAGAAGGAGGAGGUGUUGGGGGAGUGGAGUCUGGGAGGUCUGGGCUCUGGGGUGGUAUGACUGCUGGGUACCCCAGCAGCAGCCCAUGGGGAGCACCACAAAUGGAGGAAAGGCACCAAAUGGACAGUCCUGCCGCAUUGUUGCCUGGCGACCUGCUGGGAGGAGGAGCUGACUCCAUCUGAUGAACCUCCUCCAUUUGUACACAGAGGUUUGGACACACUGAUACAACAUACACUGGGAUUCAUUUGUACCUACUAUAGCACACACAACCACAUUUACAUGGUAUGCAUAUAAAUGUAACACACAUAUGGUGGUAUGCAGAAUAAUGUGCACACACAAAGCAGAAAUGUGAGACAUGCUUACACACAUUCUUGUGGCCAGACUUAAGCUAUUAUAUAAACAAAUGCAGGGACUGUUAGAUGUGUAUACAGCCUUUUUUUCCACAGAUGAAGAUUUCAACUGCUUAGACUUGAAAACCUGAAAAGAAUGAGUCAGUUGGUCUGAGAGACUCGACUGGAUCGCAGUGUGCUUAGUGAAGAGAGGACUUCUCAGCAGAUUUACAUACACAUGCACACACCAAAUACAGACGAGCCUUUAGACAGAAGGGCACUGUAAACAGCAUUACAUCCAUCGAAAACUACUACAUGAUGUGAGGUUUAAGUGCAGUUUGUAUUCACAUCCCCUUAAAGGUGGAAUCCAAACCCAUGCAAACAGCUCUGAUCGACAACAGAACUGUAACUUACUGUGUCUGUUAAGUUUAUUUUUUUGUUUUUACGUAUGGUUUUAAUUUUUGAACAGUGAAAAUAUUGAAAAAUGUCAUUGUUCUGUUUUCAAAAUGCUGACCUCCUACUGUUGUAUCUUACGCACUCUUUCUCUGUUAUUCUCUCUCGAACAUGUUUGUUACUGUUGCAGUGAUAAAUGUUAAAUUGCUGGCAGUUUGAGGCUACGUUGCAUUUCUCCACGCGUCCACAGUGCGUGCAGCAUCGUGCACGGUCUGUGGACGUGAGUAUGAGUGAGACUGAGACCAAGUAAGUGGAUUAAACCACCACCGUUGUUGUGCGCGUGUGUUUUUGAGGUUGUGAGGAUAAUAUGUGUGUGUGCAUGUUAACUGCCUGUCAUAAUGUGGGCAAGGCUGCUUACUAUACAGAAGGUCUAUACAAAUUGUUUUGAGUGCAUUCGAUAUACUGCUGACUGUGUGUUAAGAAAUAUUGGCACUAAUGCUUUUUCCUUUCAUUUGGAGUUGUGUUUUUUAAAGCAGAUUAGUCGUUUUUUUUAUUGUCGACCUGCAAUAAUAAAAGAGAACAUUUUAAAUGACACAAAGAGCUGAAGGCAUAUGCGUUGAUUUUAAUGGACAUGCCAAAUCUUAUCAAACUGUGUGGAGGGGGGAGGGGGGUGCACCGGGUUGUUUACAGAUGCAGAGUAAGAGUUACAGUACGUUUCUAAUGUUCUGUUGUUGUGUAUUCGUUUUAAAUUAAGACAGGCUUUAACACUCCUGUUCAGUGUUUUCGUUUUGAGAUUUUACAAAGGAAAAAUUUUAUUUAAACUAAUGAGAACAAGAUUAAUAAAGAUGAAAGUAUUGGCUUCUA